ACGAGUUGUGAGAGAGCCCACGCCGCACGCUUCCGGAUCGAGACGUGGAUCUUCCUCCACUCUGCCUUUCGCUCCACCAGCCGAGUGUCCCGAUCGAGCAGAGGAGAGCCCAAGAGAGAACGCCCGUCGGAUUCCCCUGGCGCCCCGGGAGCGAAUGGACUCAGAACAGACCGGUUUGGAGCCAGCCACCGACUGACUAAGAAGACGUCCUAUUUUUGCCUUGUCAGGACUCUUGACUUUCCUCAAGAGGAACAGGAGAAGAUGACCGAGUUUCAGGAGGCGGUGAUGCUCAAGGACCUGGCCGUGGUCUUCAGCGAGGAGGAGCUGGGGCUGCUGGACGCUGCCCAGAGGGAGCUGUACCGCGACGUGAUGCUGGAGAACUUCAAGAACCUGGUUGCAGUGGGGUACCUUCCCUUCCAACCAGACAUGGUAUCCCAGCUGGAAGCAGAAGAAAAGCUUUGGAGGAUGGAAACAGAAACCCAUAGAAGUAGAUAUUCUGACACUGCAAGUCAAAAUGAGAUGGAGACUCUUCAGAAACUUGCACUAACAUACCUCUCACAUGGAGAGCCCUCCUGCUGGCAGAUCUGGAAGCGGGUUGCAAGUGAGUUAACCAGGUGUCUGCAGAGGAGUGGCUCCCAGCUACUGAGAGGUGAUUCAAUUCAGGUUUCUGAAAAUGAGGACCAUAGGAAAAACCAUAAAGGAGGUAGCUCCAGGUAUAUUCAAAACGACAAGUUCUCAAUCUCAGGCUCACAGGACUCUUGCUGGAAUGCAUAUCUGAGCGACUCACAGCCUCAGGGUAGCGGUGAGCAAAUUGAUGUCAAAAAUAGUCCACAUGUAUGUGAAGGCUUGAGGAAGACAUCAUUUAAUAGGCCUGUUAAAACUGACACAGAGCAGAAGCUCUAUAGAUGUCAUCAGUGUGGCACAAGCAGACAGCAGUUCCCUGUGGCAGAGCAGCCACAUCCAUGUGGUGACUGUGGCUCACUGUUUCACCAUCAUCACAGAUUUCACACAGGAGAGAAAUGCUUCAUUCAGAGCUCACACCUGCAAACUCAUCAGGGAUUUGACCCGGAAGAGAACCUGGACAGAUGUCAUGAACCUGGGGGCUGCUUCAGCCACAGCUCUAUGCAUUGUCCUCAGUCCACCCACACCGGGGAGAAGUCCUACAGAUGCGACAGUUGUGGCAAGGGAUUCAGCAGCAGCACGGGUCUCAGCAUACACUACCGAACUCACACUGGGGAGAAGCCGUACAAAUGCGAGGAGUGUGGGAAAGGCUUCAGUCAAAGCUCCAACCUUCAGUGCCAUCAGAGGGUCCACACUGAGGAAAAACCAUACAAGUGUGAGGAGUGCGGUAAGGGUUUUGGUUGGAGUGUCAACCUCCGUGUCCAUCAGAGGGUCCACAGGGGUGAAAAGCCCUAUAAGUGUGAGGACUGUGGGAAGGGCUUCACCCAGGCUGCACAUUUUCACAUACAUCAGAGAGUCCACACUGGGGAGAAACCCUACAAAUGUGAUGUGUGUGGUAAGGGCUUCAGUCACAAUUCACCCCUGAUAUGCCAUCGGAGAGUCCACACUGGAGAGAAGCCAUAUAAAUGUGAGGAGUGUGGGAAAGGCUUCACCCGGAACACAGACCUGCAUAUCCACUUCCGAGUCCACACGGGAGAGAAGCCCUACAAGUGUAAGGAGUGUGGUAAGGGCUUCAGUCAGGCCUCAAAUCUCCAAGUCCAUCAGCAUGUCCACACCGGGGAGAAACGAUUCAAGUGUGAAACAUGCGGGAAGGGUUUCAGUCAAUCCUCCAAGCUUCAGACCCACCAGAGAGUCCACACUGGAGAGAAACCAUACAGAUGUGAGGUGUGUGGGAAGAGCUUCAGUUACAGUUCAAAUCUCAAGCUACACCAAGUAAUCCACACUGGAGAAAAGCCAUAUAAAUGUGAGGAGUGCGGGAAGGGCUUCAGUUGGAGAUCAAACCUUCAUGCUCAUCAGAGAGUCCACUCGGGAGAGAAACCCUAUAAAUGUGAGGAGUGUGAUAAGAGCUUCAGUCAGGCCAUCGAUUUCCGGGUGCACCAGAGAGUCCACACUGGAGAAAAGCCAUACAAAUGUGGCGUGUGUGGUAAGGUCUUCAGUCAGUCCUCUGGUCUCCAGUCCCAUCAGAGAGUCCACACUGGGGAGAAGCCGUACAAAUGUGAGGUGUGUGGGAAAGGCUUUAGGUACAGUUCCCAGUUUAUAUACCACCAGAGGGGCCACACUGGAGAGAAACCCUACAAAUGUGAGGUGUGCGGGAAGGGCUUUGGUCGGAGCUUGAAUCUUCGUCAUCAUCAGAGGGUCCACACAGGAGAGAAACCUCAUAAAUGCCAGGAGUGUGGGAAGGCCUUCAGCCUCCCCUCCAAUCUCCGAGUCCAUCUGAGUGUUCACGCCAGGGAGAAACUCUUUAAAUGUGAGGCAUGUGGGAAGGGCUUCAGUCAGAGCGCACGUCUCCAGGCCCACCAGAGAGUGCAUACGGGAGAGAAGCCCUACGCAUGUGACCUGUGUGGUAAGGCCUUCAGUCACCGUUCCCGCCUUACAUAUCAUCAGAAAGUCCACACUGGCAAAAAGCUCUAGGAGGCGGACGUGGUUGGUGUCUUUUGUCAGGAUGCACCUCUUCAAGCUUUUGGAGAGGCCGAGCUGGUGAUGCACCAUGUAAAAAUAUUGAGGGUGGAAGGGGAGUUUGCUCAGACUCAGAAUUAACCCAUUCUUUAAAGUGAUGACAUAGGGGCAGAGUAACAGGACUGGAACAGCAAGGCCUCUUGCUGAGACCCAGUGAAUAUCAAUGUUUAUCCCUCACCGUCACUCUGUGCCAAAAGGUAAUGUCAGAAGGAUGCUGGCUCUAUGCUGACUGGUUCUUUUAUU